AUGCAUGCCAAACUAGAUCACAGCCCGCAGAUCACGACUCGCGGCAAGAGAGGGAACAAUACCAUCCCACAGGAUCCUGUGCCCUUUAGUGGGAUCACGGUCCUCAUUGUUGGACUCGGCAUUGCGGGGCUCACCGCCGCCCUUGAGUGUAGCCGGAGGGGACACAAGGUGAUUGGGUUCGAAAAGAAGAAAGACACAAAUCAGUUAGGGGACGUGAUUGGCCUCAGUGGCAAUAGUAUGCGGAUUCUAUCGCAAUGGAACCAGGGCUCUCUGGCCGAGCUCGUUGACGAGGACAUCAUCUGCGCUGUCGAGGCUUUGGAGCUCCACGACACCGCCGGAACCAUUCGUGCCGCGAUGCCGUAUCAUCCAGAAAGCCCAGCCCAAGGAUAUCUCUUUCGGCGAACCGGGCUUCUGACAAAGUUGUAUGAGCUUGCAAUUCGCGCCGGCAUUGAUCUCAGGUUCGGAGUGAACGUGAUGCGAUACUGGGAAGAUGCAGACAAUGCCGGGGUAUACAUUGGCGAGGACAAGGUUGUAGGAGACUGUGUUAUUGCGGCUGAUGGAUUCUACAGCGCAGGGAGAACUGCCAUUACCAGUGAAGAUCCUGUCCAGCAACCGAUCGGGGCGGUCAUGUACCGGGCCAUUUUCAAUGCCCAGGAAAUAGCUCAUGUCCCUGAAGCGGCGUGGCUCCUGAAGAAGGCCCCGACAGCGGACAUUCUCCCCUCUUUCUAUGGCAAGGAUGUUAUGGUUAUGAUGGGCACUGCAGCAAAGGGACGGUAUGUGCAUUGGGCCUGUACAAUUCGUGGUGAGGUGCAACCAGCCUCUGAAGCUUGGAUGCAGCCCGCGAGCGUCGAGCCAGUUCUCGACUGCGUGCGAAAUUGGCCAGCAGCCAGCAAGCUAAACGCUGUCCUGUCACGAACUCCUCCGGGCGCGUGUUUUAAUCACACCAUGCUCGCAACGCCACCUCUACGGACCUGGGUAUCUCAUAAGGGGAGGAUGGUUGUGAUUGGGGAUGCCGCACAUCCUUUCCUCCCAUACGCCGGUCAAGGGGCCAAUCAAGCCAUCGAAGAUGCCGCAUCGGUAGCCAUUUGUCUUGAGCGAGCAGGUAGGGGGGAUAUACCUCUGGCUCUGCGGGUGUUUGAGAAGCUUCGACACAAGCGGGUCUCGCUGAUUCAGGAGGGAUCAGUCGAAGCUAAGGACUCGUUCCUCAAGGCAAACUGGGACAGUGACGAUGAAGCUGGUAGUCCAUCGGCAUACCUACAUCAGUCUUGGGUCUAUAAUCAUGACUGUGUGCAGCACGUCGUUGAAGAGUUUCAAACAGCGGCCGAUGCCAUCAGGCAUGGCCGAAAAUACAUUCCGACCAAUGUCCCCGUGGAUGGGAAAUAUCGUCAGGAGUAG